AUGGAUGCCCCAGCUGCUGGCUUACCCUCUGGUUCUUCGGAUUUACGACCAAUAAAGCGACUUAGACUCUCCAGAACCGUAGACAUUGGCUUCACGCAACUCCUCAGGGACCCGAAAUUUACCGACGUAAAAGUCCUUGUCGGUUUCAACGAAAGGGAGUACAACCUCCACCGCAACAUCAUCUCCAUCGGAUCCAACUUUUUCGAGGUUACGUGCCGAGAAGGAAGUGGCUUCACAGAGAGCGCCGAAAAUUUGAUCAAGCUCCCAGACAUCGAACCCGAAGAAUUCGACGUAAUCAUCAAAUGGAUCUAUAGGGGUGGCUACACCCUUCCUGAAUACAUCGAAGCCGACGACUUCUGCGCCGUCCUCCAAGCUGCAGACUUCCUCGGUGUCAAAGAUCUCAAAUUAGAGAUGCAAGACCAAUUAGUCGGCCGGCUCCCUAGGGAGUUCCUACGCGAGGACCAAAUCACCGUCGAUGAUCCCGUUAAGCUGUACAAGGGUAUCGCUCAAAACUCAUCGAUCUCCGAUUGGCUCAAACUUCGAAAGCUGGCUGAUCAAAUUUUCCCAUUUUGGUAUGAUGGGGACUUGUCUUUGUUUGAGAUGGGUCAAGAGGAUUUGGGAAAUGCGGUUCGUAUCGAUCUCUAUCAGGAAAUUUUGAACAAUAAUUUCUGUGGAAUCUGUUACACCGAUUUGUUGAAGAAUAAAGAGAAUCAGUGUCGCAUUUGCUUGUCGGAUCUUGAGAAUUCUACUUGUAGACAAGAGGAUGGGGUUCCGAUGGGAGAUACUCCACGUGGACGUCAAAUUACACUUCUCCAGACUUCUGAAGCUUCUGAAUCUUAG